UGUGUUUUUUUCUGUCUCGUGACAUGUUCGGAAGAGAUGCAAAUUACCUACCCAGUGAGGUUGCAGUACUUGACUCCACCAUUAAAAAGCGGCUCGAUUAUGGGACUUUUUGGAGCCGGGAAAAGCAACAACAAGGUGACUUAAAUCUGCUUCGAUACGCCCGUCUGCCCUUGGGACGGAGGUCAGUUCAGCCCGAAGGUCGACGGCAGCCCCUUGCCACAGAAGAGACGGAUGACCUUUCCAGAAACAGCCAAUCCCUCGAAACCAUCCUCAGAAAUCAGAAAGGAACCCACUGCACAUUUUGGAAAAGGAUAAAGAUUUAUGUCCGAAUAAGGUGAAAGACAAGGUGAACUGAAAUGAUACGACUGCGAUAUCAUGUAAUUUGAC